CCUUAUGAAUGACCCUAGUAUUGAAGAAUUUUAUCCUGUAACGUUUAGUAUUGAUGAAAAUGAUAUUCCUAAAAUUCCAUUUGUCAGGGAAAGAGAACUAUUAUCUGUAUUAGAAUCAUCUGAAAGCAAAUUGACGGAUGAUGAAAAACAGAGAAAUAAGUUUAGAAAAGCACUCCUUUUUGAAUAUAAGAACCAGAAAGCGAAUUGCACAGAUUUCGAAUUGAAUAUAUAA